AUGUCUAUUUUUAAGAAGACUUAUGUGUCCAAUACUAAGUAUCACCAUGCCCGUAAAGGGCAAGAAGAUGUAUUUGAAGAACAAUUUGGUGAUGAUGAGAAGUCGUAUUGCGAUUUAACUUGGUAUGUCAAAGCAAUUGAAGAAACUAAUCCCGAUAGCUAUGUGAAGUUUGAAGUUGAUCAUGCAACCCAAAUAUUUGAGAGGAUAUUCAUUUGUUUCGGUGCUUGCAAGCAUAGCUAUAGGUAUCUCAGGCCGAUGAUUUACUUGGACGCUACUUUCCUUACUGGUAGAUUCAAGGGUGAUUUGAUGGUUGCAACAUGUAUCAAUGGAAACAAUGGUUUUUACCCAUUUUCCUUUGCUCUUGUUUCUGCUGAAAACAAAGAUAAUUGGUUUUGGUUUCUGGAGAAUCUUAAACAAGUUGUCGAUGGUUGUCAGAUUGUUUUCCUUAGUGAUCGUGGAGAAGGACUUUUUCAGGGCAUUCCAAAAUGCAAUCUCCCAAUUGGAUCAGAUGAUACGAAUUCGAAGGUCGUUAUUGAUUUGUUUUACAAAGUUGCUUACUCUUACGCAACAGCUAACUUUGAAGAAGCUUUGCGGGGCAUGCAUGCAAUCGGAUGUGGACAUGUUGCUAAAUAUAUCAGGACUAUUCCAAAGGAGAAAUGGGCAAAUGCAUUUUUCCCUGUUAUGAAGAAGAAUUUUGACACAAGGACAGAAGGUCUAGAAAAUUUCAACACUAGGAUCACUCCCAAAUAUGAGGCUUUACUAAAGGAAAACAUCGACAUUGGUCGUACUUGGACUGUUACUCAGUCCAUGGAAAGAUUGUAUGAAGUCGCGUCUCAUUAUGUAGAUCUAUUGCAGAAAAUUUGUACAUGUCACAAGUGGAAAGUUAAUGGAUUUCCUUGUGCACAUGCUUGUGCUGCCAUUCAAGCUACGAGGGAGGAAAUCUAUUCAUUUGUUGAGCGAUACUUCACCACUGAAUAG